AUGGCGGGGAAAAUGACCUUGUAUAAGCUCGUUGUCUUGGGCGAUGGAGGAGUGGGCAAGACAGCUCUCACAAUUCAGCUUUGUCUGAACCACUUCGUCGAGACAUACGAUCCUACCAUCGAAGACUCAUAUCGCAAACAAGUCGUCAUCGACCAGCAGUCGUGCAUGCUGGAGGUCCUCGACACGGCCGGACAGGAAGAAUACACUGCCCUACGCGACCAGUGGAUACGAGAUGGUGAAGGUUUCGUCCUAGUAUACAGCAUCACCUCGCGCUCUUCCUUCACCAGAAUACAAAAAUUCCACCAUCAGAUCCAGCUCGUCAAGGAAUCUGCAAGCUCCGGCUCGCCCACCGGUGCUAGCUACCUCUCCUCUCCACUCAACUCCGCCCUAUCAAACACCCCCGCCGGCCCAGUGCCGGUCAUGCUCGUCGGCAACAAGUCGGACAAGGCCGUCGAGCGUGCCGUCUCCUCGCAGGAAGGUAUGGCUUUGGCCAAGGACCUGGGCUGCGAGUUUGUCGAAGCUUCCGCCAAGAACUGCAUCAACGCCGUCCGAUAG